CGAUCAGAUUGAGCGUUGUAAAAUAGUAAAAUACAGACGGAUGUAUACAUAUAAACACGAGAAACAAGAAUGGCGUCAAAGACCAACGACAGCGUAAUGGUGGCGAACUUCAGCGCGAGAAUUAAUAUCAAUCUCUCCAUCACCGGAAACAUGUCCGAGAGCAUACGACAGGAUCCCUUGAUUUCACUGAAGGUCCCGGCCAUGAUGUUUGCUUCCGGUGUGUUCGGUAAUGUUCUCGCGAUCAUCGUAUUAUUGCGCUCAUCUCGUGAACACAAACAGUCCGUGUUUUAUCGUCUGGUCGGAGCGUUGGCGUGCACGGAUUUGUUUGGCACGUGCGCAACGUCACCAGUGACUUUGGCAGUGUACGCAAAUAACCUUAAAUGGGUCGGCGGGGAUUUAACAUGCCACUAUGGCUCUUUUAUGCUUAUAUUCGCAGGAUAUUCCACAGUGUUUACCGUUGGAACAAUGGCAGUGGACCGUUUUUUGGCAAUCAUGUGUCCGUUCUUUUACGACACUCAUAUCACAAAAAGACGCACAACUUUCGGAAUAGUCGGAUUAUGGAUAUUUGCGGCAGUGCUCGGCUUUCUACCAAUUUUAGGCUUAGGUCAGAAUGUGAACCAAUAUCCUGGGACAUGGUGCUUUUUCAACUUUACAAGUUCAGACAUAAAAAACCAGAUAUUUGCAUAUUCAUAUGCGUCCAUUGGUCUGGUAGUUAUUUUCGUCACCGCGAUUUUCAACUUACUGGUUACGUACACGCUGCUGCAGAUGAGACGAAAGAUGUUGCGCUCUAUGAACGUGAGUAACACGAAGCGCAACGACAGCGAGCUGCAGAUGAUGGUACUUCUCAUGGGCAUCAUAAUUAUCUUCUCCACUUGCUGGUGUCCCUUCCUGAUCAGGAUUCUCAUCAACCAGACCCACUUCCGGCAGGUGGACAAGCGCGCGGACCUUCAAACGCUACGCCUCGCCUCCUUCAACCAAAUCCUCGACCCCUGGGUGUACAUCCUGUUUCGCAAGGAGCUCUUCAAUCGAUCGUUUACUUUCCUGAAGACGCUCGUUAAGUCCGUCUGCAGAUGCAAUCCUUUGACUGAUGACGUCACGGAUGACGUAGAGCACGCGAGCGUCUCAAGACGAAGCACACGCGUUGUUAAGUCGGAGAACUCGUAUUCCCAGCUACAUGAGACGGCCUAUGUAAGGGAACAAUAUGAACCGGACACAACACAUGAGGACCACUUGACCGCACUCUGCAAUUCUGACAUUGAAAACUGCGCGUCUGCCGUACAGUCGUACAAGGAAAGUUCAUCGGCAGACGAACCUGUGACAGUUACCUCAACGUGCUCACCAAAGGUUACCCUCGGGAAAUCCUCGGUGAGGGGCUCAUCAUGCAAGACGGUCCUGCACCUCAAACAUUCUGCGUGUCUGUUCUGCCUCUCCAAUCAUCCGAAAGAAAUCACGCUGAUGUGCAAGCAGGACCGUAAAAGCAUGUCGAACAUUCCUGGAGAGGUGGAGCGGACGGCAUGUCCCGAUCUGAACGGACGCUGUCUUUACAUGUUGACGGACGCACGUGCGCUCAUGAGGAAGAACAGCUUCCACACGUCCCUGGAUGAUGUGGGGGUGCCACUAGUAGAACAAAAGUUAGUUUAACACGGUGCAGGAUCACUUGACUUUGUGGGGUGUCCAAUUAAACGUAAAUGGAUGAAAACACACGAAAUUAAAUGGCUACGUAACAUAUCCAGUAAGAGAGUACGGAAACAUGGGAGAAUUCUUCAAUCGCAGGCAUUUGAACAAUGAACAAAAAACAAAUGACCAAUAUACAACUCGGCAGUCAUCCGCCAGUCAUCCACCUUUUAAAGAAAUGUAAAUUCACACAAUGAUUAUGCUAUGUACAUAUAGUAAUUGUCUAUUUUUUAUUGCUUGAUUUUGUUGAUAAAACGUCUCAAAAAGUU